AUGAUAAUAUCGGAGUUCUCGAUCCACGAAGUUCUGGCUUCUGGCGAGGACUUGCAUCUGAGCUGUCAUGAGGUUCGACGGCUGGCAUUGUCAUUGAGGCAGGUCUUCGCCGAUGCGACGGGUGGCCUUGUGGCACUACGCAUGGAGCGGUCGGCAAGAGUCAUAUGUGUCCUUGUCACCUUGCUAGAGACGCGCGUACCCUUUAUUUUUCUUCGUGAGGAUGAGGAUCCUGUAUCAGUCGGUGCAAAAUGGCUUUUUGAUGGAAAAAACCUGACGAAACUUUCCUACAAUAGAAACGAGAAAGCCGUAGAUAUUACCGAAGACAACGAGUUGUGCUACUUCAUUCGAACUUCUGGAACCACUGGUAUGGAAAAGCUAGUCGGCGUCCCGUAUUCCUGCAUUGAACCCAAUAUUGAAGACUUCAGGAGCAAACAAAUAGGAAUUGGCACGCCGUUGAAGUGUACGUUAUUAUCAGUAACUCAGGACAGUGAACUCUUAAUAGGCGGAACAAGGCAAUGCUUUAUCAGUGGAGUACUUAGUGAAGAGUUCACGGCUACUGGAGAUGUGGUUGAAGUAAUCGAGAACGAAUUUUUCAUUAUUGGGAGAACCGAUGACCAGGUCAAGGUUAACGGCACUCGAUGUAACCUUGCAGAACUAUCAACGCGGGUUGCAUCUUUAAAUGGAGUGACCUUCGCCCAAUUUUUACUCUACAAAGAGAAGUUCUUGGUUUUGUUCGUGUUGUCAAACUCACCAUUGGAAGCUUCAAUGAGGGAUAUUAUUCCCGAAGCUUUCAUCCCCUCGAAGGUGGUAUAUCUAGAUAGAGUACCUGUGAAUUCAAAUGGUGGGUAUCUCUCCUAUGCAAUCUUUAUAUUUUAUACUGCUGUGCUAUCCAGUGCACUGAUUCCAGGAAAAGCUGAUCGAUCACAAAUGGUUGCAUUGUUGGAGAAGCAGUGCUCUAAGCUGAUGAAUUCUCAAAGCGAUAUGCUUUUGUUCCUUAACAAAUCGCUUGACAAAGAUGUAAUUGUGGUCUGUUCCCAUUCUGGGGUUGUUGCGUGUAUUCGUGCGGAAGACGGUUAUUGUAUUUGGGAAGUUAAUCUGUCGUGCCGGUUUGAGGCUUCACCAGAGCUUUGUGGGCAAUAUAUUGCUGUAGGUGGUUUCGAUGGAAAUGUAUAUUUCCUAUCAGUGGAUACCGGGUAUAUCGAAUGGCGCUUUGCCACUGGUGAUAUUGUAAAAGCAUCUUGUGCCGUCGACGAUGCCAGUUGUGCAUAUGUUCUUUCGUAUGAUCGAAAUCUUUACAAACUAAAUCCACAGUGCAUGGCUGCGCUCUUUCCAACGUUAUUCUCUUUUGUUAAGACCUUUAUGCAUGGGUUCGAUAAAGAGAGCUUCGAUAGGGAGGUCUGUCGUGAUUUCGACAGUCAGGAAAUCACGUCGGCCAUUGCGCGCUACGAACGUGAAGCCUCCGCUCUCCUAAAUGAUGUGGGUUGUGUUGUUGGUUAUUUCAUGCAUUACAUUGGAAAUGCCCCAAGCUUUUCCCUUAAGAUGAGAUAA